AUGGUCGUCGCCGUCAUGCCCAAAUGGCUUAAAAACACUACCGAGCUCCAAACCUGCCUCGGCGUCGACUUCAAAUCCUGCUUCAAUUGCCAGGGCCACUCCGCCACAAAGUCGUCCUGCGGCAACGCAGUCAGCCAAGCCUCGCGAUCCGAGAUGGCGUUCGUCAUGCUCGAUAUUAUGAACUGCGGCAGCCUGGCGUCUGCGUCUGCUCACCUCGAGCGACUUGCCAGUCUUGUCUUGUGCAAGCGAUCUCACCAGGCCCAGGCUGUCGAGAAGGCUGUGCAGUGGAAGGCUCAGAUCCGGUCGUAUCUUGAAGCUAGCAACGACCGUGGCGUCGCCGCUGAGGGACAGGAUGACAAGGCUUCUCCUGGCAGAACGGAGCGCACGACCACGACCAUGAUUACGCCCCCUUCCACCCCCGUCGCCAAUAAGAGAGAGUUCCGGCAACCGGUAUCGACGCGAUCGUCACACCGCCAGCGCACUGCGGCGCCGCCUCCAGUCACACCGAGACGAGCUCCUCGAGCGCCGAGAGGCUCCGCCUCGUCCACCGCAGUCCUCAUCGGAGAGGAUCCCGAAGGUGAUUCUGGAGAAGAAGAUUCUGAAGAGGACUCCGAAGAGGAGGAGGAGGAGGAGGAGGAGUUUUAUGAACCCCAGCCAGUCCGUAGCCACACCAGACGUGCCCGCGCUCCGGCCCCAUCGGUCAAGUGGGAACCCAAUGGCAAGGCUGGCUUACCUUAUCCUUACCCAAGCCAGACAGAGGAUCGAGAGAACCUCGAGUAUAAGCUGGCCAAGGCUCAGGCGGAGUUGGCGAUGUAUGAAGCGUGGGCUAGACUUCGAAAGUUUGAGUAG